GCAGAGGGGCGCAAAAUUCAAAAUGGCGGUCUCCAUCAAUUUUUGUAGUCAGUUAUUCAUCUUGAUCGCAGCAUACUCGCAGUGCUUGCUCUCAAAAACGUUUAGGGAAAAGUUGUGAACCUCUCUGGUCAAUUGCAUUUUUCAUCGAACCUAUAGAGUGACAAUGUACCGUGCGAUGCUACUGUCAUGGUAAAUUAUUCUUGAUUUACAAUCGACAGCUGCCACAGGCGCGGUUGGUUUCGGUAUAAUGUUCGUACUGCGCAAAUCACUCUUACCUUCCCAACAUGCUUCGAUAUUUCGUAAGGCAAUUGGCGAUACUCCCCGGGUGUGCGUUUCAACGGAAAACCAAGUGCUAAUAAGUUCAAGCCUGAAGAGAAGCUACCGCCUUCUGGGUCUCGAGGAAAACUGCAGCCUCCAGGAGCUCAAGGAUGCGUUCAUUCGGCUGGCCAGAAAAUAUCACCCAGACAGCGGCACUGCAACGGCAGACGCGGCUAAAUUUGACGAAAUCAAGAUCGCCUACCACAGCGUGCGCGACCACCUCUUGGAAGGCGCGCCCUCGGACCACGACGACGUCAACGUCGUUCUAGAAAAGAACUUCGGUAUCAAGCACACAGUUCCCCAACAUCGUCAAUACCUCAGCUUCGAUGGGGUUGGUUCUGGAACUCCCACCCAGCGCUGGCAUCAGUACCAACAGCACAGAGUGCAGCAGGCCGUCAAUCGUGUUUACGAGCAUCAAACUGGCAAAUCUGCUGCGGGUACCAAGGAACGAACCCUGGUCUUGAAAGACGCCACAUUGGCGAGGCAGUACAAAACCACGCAGGCAAUUGAACGCCUUGUGGAAGAUCUGAUCCAAGAGUCGAUAGCGAGAGGAGAGUUCAACAACUUGCCCGGUUCUGGGAAACCCCUGAAAUUUGCGCCGGAGAACCCUUACGUGGACAGCACAACACAGAAGCUCAAUCAGGUGCUAAUAGCGAAUGGCUACGUGCCCGAGUGGGUAAUGCUGGAAAGGGAGAUCAGGGAGGAGAAGGAGAAGGUGAGGACGAAGUUGCGGGAUCACCGGGCCCAGCUAGGGUGCCUACCCCUAUCCGAGGAGGAAAAGCAGCUGUGGGACACGGUAGUCCAGGGGAUGGCCUCCUCGGUGACACACAUCAAUAGGAAGAUUGACAAGUUCAACAUGGUGGUUCCGUUGUUUAACAAGCAGCAGUUGCACUUCCAGCUGGUCCGCGAAAGUGAGAAAAUAUUGAACUCCGCGGCGCCACGCCAACAUCAGUCGGGGAAAAAGCGGCCCAUCAACCGUGGCACCGAGGAAGCGCAAGAGGAUUUUUUUUCUUUCCUGCUAAAAGUAAUAAAGAUUAGAUAAUGUUGGUA